AUGUCUCGCGAAGCCUAUCAAGUCCCUACGGCCCAGACAGGAUACGCCGGCGUAUCAGGCGUCGUCGAAGGAACCGCAGGCGAUGCCAUAUCUGUCGUCUAUGUCUGCGGUGACUGCAACUCGCGCGUUUCCAUGAAGCGAGGAGAUCAGAUCCGCUGCAAGGAAUGUGGACAUCGUGUGCUGUACAAAGAAAGGACGAAGAGAAUGGUACAAUUUCAGGCCCGAUGA